CUGGGGGAGAGAGUGGGAGCUGCAGGCUGUUAGAAACAGAGCGAGAAGGAGAGACCAGCAGCACUAGGCAGCAUCACGUCUGUCUCUAUCUGUCGUCUAUUGGAUCUUCCUCAGCACAGCUGUCUGAGUGCUGCUGCCUGCGAGUGGAUCCUCUCGCUCAGUGAUUUUGAGGGAGUGCCUGAGUGCGUAGCCCACACUAGAGUGUCCCAGCGACUACGUACAAGUCUGUUUUGAACUGUUCUGGUUAUGGUGUUGCCACACAUUGGUGAAGGUCUGACCAGUUUUUCUCUGGACUUGACUCAACACCAAUGAUCCCCAGCCAUCUCUGGCAUACCCUCUCAUUAAGAUGGGAAAUGCCUCUGAAACAUUUCUGCUUGUGUCCAGAAUAUCAAAAGACCUUGACUUCCUCAUGGGAACUAUCUACACCAUUUUUGGGAUGCUAUCGGUGGUGGGAAAUGGUAUCCUGAUGUUUGUGGCCUAUAGGAAGAAGUCCUCCCUGAAGCCGGCAGAGUUCUUUGUGGUUAACCUGGCUAUCAGUGACCUGGGCAUGACCAUAACCCUGUUUCCACUGGCUAGCUCCUCAGCCUUUACUCACAUGUGGCUGUUUAAUGAGAAGACCUGUAUUGCCUAUGCCUUCUGUGGUGUUUUGUUUGGACUGUGCAGUCUGACCAAUCUCACGGUGCUCUCCUGUGUCUGCUGGCUCAAGGUCUGCUGCCCAAACUAUGCAUCAGGUAACAAGUUCUCCUACUGCCACGCAUGCCUUCUGGUUGCUGGGGUCUGGUGCUACGCUGGAAUUUUUGCUGUAGGUCCCCUGUCGGGCUGGGGAGAGUACGGGGCCGAGCCUUACGGUACAGCAUGCUGCAUCAACUGGUAUGCUCCAAGACAAGACUCUGCAGCUAUGAGUUACAUCAUCUGCCUCUUCAUCUUCUGCUACAUUGUGCCCUGCACUGUCAUCUUUCUGUCCUACACAUUCAUUCUGCUGACCGUCCGGGGCUCCCGCCAGGCAGUGCAGCAGCACAUGUCCCCACAGAACAAAAUCACCAAUGCACAGGCAUUUAUCAUUAAGCUUUCGGUGGCAGUUUGCAUUGGUUUCCUGACAGCAUGGAGUCCAUAUGCCAUUGUGUCCAUGUGGGCAGCAUUUGUUAACCCAACAACUGUACCACCCAUGGCUUUUGCUCUGGCAGCUAUCUUUGCCAAGUCUUCCACCCUUUACAACCCUAUUGUCUAUCUGGUCUUCAAGCCCAACUUUCGCAAGUCCCUGUGUCGGGAUGUGGCCAAGUGCAGGACGACACUCUUUGGAUGUCUGUGUCAGGACAGCUCUGCACAGAAGGGAACUUGCAGACAAUCCAGUCACAAAGAAGAGUGUAACUCGACAAGGUUCUCAAAUGGGCUACCGGAGAACCACGGGACCUGCAGACACUGUCCUUACCCUGAAACAGCUACUGGUACCAGAGAAAACUUUACAGAAUACAGCCCCCAGCAGACUGUGAGAAUACUUAAAGGAUCAAUACAUAAUGAGGUUGCUGUCAGUCAGCUCUCCAAUGAGUUGCAGAGUGACUUCCUGUAGAGAAUCAAACAAAGUCAGACAAUGAGAAGGUAAAUAAAAAGAGUAGUGGAGAAAAAGAUGGCAAGAAUGAAGGUUUAAAGACACUAAUUGCAAGGAAAAAUGGAGUGAAAGAGAAAAAGAUAAUAAUUGAAUGAAGGAAAAGAGUUUCUAACUUUAAAGGUCAAAGUUUUAAAACUCAAAUAGGUGAUACUGCCAAAAAAAGGCCAAGAAGUUAGAAGCCAAUAAAGGAGGAUAAGCGAGCCGAACAGCCAACAUGCAACCACAAUAUUCAUCAGGUCAAAUUAACACACUUUAAUAGCUAUCUGAUCACUUUGACUGAUCAACAUUAAGCUUUUAUGUAUUUAUUACGACUACUGUAUUUGAUGAUGUGUUUAAUUUGAAAGGUAUUUAUCAAUGCAUGCCUAAAAUUAAAGGACAGCUCUGUCUUCUCAUUGCUGAGGGUAGAUGAAUGUCUCAAAGGCCCACUUUGAACAUGGACCUCCUAUAAUUUACCCAGGGUAUAGUAUUGAUACCUCUACAAAGAGGUGUUGCCAUGUCAAUUUUGUCUAAUCAGCUGUGUCCAGGACAGAAGGCAUGACUGAAUUAUAAAAGCAGAAGGAUUGGGGCAGUACUAAAGAUAAUCAAAUCUGUAACACCGAAAAAGCUCUAUUCUCUCUCAAUAUACUCUGUGGAGUCCUCUAGACAACAAUAUUCAAGUUAGCGACACAAAACCUGUUUUAGGAUAAAUCAUAGAAUCGGGGAGAACCAUCAGGUAAAAUAAGCUACAAAUUUAAAAUGUGCCAAACAUAUGUUGCAUAGGAACAUAUGCUGGAUGCAGUUUUUUUUUUCGAUUGCUAAACGACA